UGACAUUUGACAUUUUUGUUUAACUUUUAUUGUUAUAAUUUGUGGUCACUAAUUGGUGUAAAAUAAAACUUUACCCACCCAAAAGCAAAAUUCCCACAUUUUUAGGAAUUUUAGCAUGUCUUCAGAAAUAGAUAAUUGGAUAGAAAUCGCCAAACAAUGUAAAUAUUUGCCAGAAAAUGAUCUUAAAAAAUUAUGUGAUAUUGUCUCGAGUAUCCUACUUGAGGAAUCCAAUGUUCAACCUGUCUCAACACCAGUCACGGUGUGUGGGGAUAUUCACGGCCAGUUUUAUGAUCUAGAAGAAUUGUUUCGAAAAGGAGGACAAGUUCCAGAUACAAAUUACGUUUUUCUAGGAGACUUUGUAGAUAGGGGGUACUAUAGUUUGGAGACUUUUACAAGGCUGCUUACCCUGAAAGCAAAGUUUCCAAAUAAGAUAACAUUAUUACGAGGCAACCAUGAAAGUCGACAAAUCACACAAGUUUAUGGAUUUUAUGAUGAAUGUAUGACUAAAUAUGGGAAUAUUAAUGCCUGGAAAUAUUGCUGUAGUGUUUUUGAUUUAUUAACAGUAGCGGCUAUAAUAGAUGAAAAAAUCUUAUGUGUCCAUGGUGGCCUUAGCCCCGACAUUAAAACAUUGGAUCAGAUCAGAAAGCUGGAAAGAAACCAAGAAAUUCCACAUAGAGGUGCGUUCUGUGAUCUAGUUUGGUCAGAUCCAGAUGAAAUCGAAACGACGUGGGCUAGUAGUCCAAGGGGGGCGGGCUAUUUGUUUGGAGCAAAGGUUACAGAUGAUUUUAUUUGGAUCAAUUCACUGAGUUUAAUCUGCCGAGCACAUCAGCUGGUACAUGAAGGUUAUAAAUACAUGUUCGACGACAAAUUGGUGACAGUAUGGUCGGCACCAAAUUAUUGCUACCGAUGUGGCAAUGUCGCCAGUAUUCUUGAGUGCACUGCGACAGAUAAAAUUGAAGCCAAAUUAUUUAGUGCCGUCCCUGAUUCAGAAAGGGUUAUCCCCAGCAGAAACGUUACUCCCUACUUUUUAUAAUUUCUUCACUCAGCAAAGGUGUUCAAAACGCAAAGAGAAACUCGAUAGUGUGGACAGUUUUAUGUAGGUAAUUUUAAAGCAAUUGUUUUGUACAUACAUGGAAUAAAUACAAUUUUACUAAGA